UUUUUAAUAAAAAAAAAAUUAAUUUUUUUGCACGAGAAAACGUGGUUCUUUGACUAGUUAUUUUAUGGGAAACAGCUUAGUUUAUUCUUCGUCUCCUCCUUCUCUCCACUUGUCUUUGCGAGAGCUUCAGGGUUAGGGUUUCAUGGUCUCCCCUCUUUGUCUAUUCAGGUUUUGAUUCUGAUGUGGUUACUUCGUUUUGUUGGGGAUAACAUUUUGAGACAUCUAACCCAAAAACAAUGAAUAAAAUGAGUUAUGCUUGACCUGUAAUUUUUGUUCUCUAAGAUGGAGGAUGAGAAUGGGAUUGAGUUAAGCUUGGGUCUGUCUUGUGGCGGUUCAUCUGUUAAAUUGAAGGGCAAGAGCAGUAGCUCCUCAGAUUCUAGGAUAGAUGAAGUUGAUAAAGGCAACAAAAUAGUAGAUGGCUUCAAAAAUUUUCUUCACGCUGGAAUCCAAAGUCAGGACCCACUUCAUGGGUCUCAGAGAAGUGAUCCAGUGAAACCACAGGAUAACUUUUUUAGUAACCUUUCUAUGGCCACUGUUGAUGCAGAUGCUUCUGUGAGCUUGAAUGGUAGGGGAUUGUGGGUUGCAAAUAAGAAUAAGUCUGUUGAAGCUGAGGAAGAAAAAUCUGAUCAACAUGAGGUGGGGGGGAAACGUAAACUGUUGUUUGAUGAGACACACCAUCCAAAGAAGCAGGAGAGAGAAGCUUUUUCUGUUGAUGCUCCUGAAAAGAACUCUCACAUGGGUAUCAUUAACUCAACAAAAACAUCACACAUCUCCAUAAAUACAGAAGAUGGAUCGACUGCUGAAAAUGAAGAUGUGGCAGAGUCUGAGGUUGAGGGUUCUACAUCAAGGUCAGCUUCACAACAUGAAGAAGGAACCAAGCGAUAUACUGCAAUUGGUGGAUCCUCUGAGGUUCCAAAGGAUAUUCAUGGGUUUACUGAUGCAAACGUUGUAAAGGUUGGGAAUGUGACCUAUGGAGUUCCAUUUGCAGUCCAACCAUUGAACAUCAUGAAUGUUCCAUUUUCAUUACCUGUGAAAGAGUCUAACCCUGUUGGUGCACCAAGCACUUCAGGCUACUCCCUCCCUGCUAUCAUGCAGCUGCCGCCUGCUUCAAAUGGUGAGCGACCAAGGACCCAGCCUGCAAAUGUUGGCAACCUGCCAUUGGCAUUUGGCUAUUCAUCAGUCCAGCUUCCGAUGUUGGAUAAAGAUCACACCUGGAGUUUGGGUUCUAAUCCUCAACAGUUCCCUGCUUCAUAUGCUGGUAGAAGCAGUGGUGGUGUAACACCAUCGCCAGACAAACAUAAUGAUGCUUUAAAAAUAUCUCAGGCUGCUGUGCAGGUGUCUCCGCAUACUUCAACUGAAGCUGGAAUAUAUGAAGGGAGGGCAUUGGAACUUCCCAAAGGAGAUGGCAAACAGCAUGCUUCAGAAGAAGGCUCCUCUUCCCAAGUCGAAGAUGACGUGAAGGGAAACAACAUGAUUCCCAGGGCAAAGGAUGCAUCUGACCAACUAGCAGCGGAGAUUUUUUCCCUCGAAGGUUCGGCUAUAAAGCCAGGUAUUGCUGCAGAUGUCAAAUUUGGUGGAUGUGGUUCUUACCCAAAUCUACCUUGGGUUUCUACAACAGGUCCAGGUCCAAAUGGCAGGACAAUAUCUGGUGUUACUUAUCGAUUUAACAGGAACCAAGUCAAGAUCGUUUGUGCUUGCCAUGGGUCUCACAUGACGCCUGAAGAGUUCAUUCAGCAUGCUGGUGAAGAGCAUGCUGGUCCAGAUGGUGGUGCUGGAUUAACAUCAUUUCCAAAUGGAAAUCCUCCUACCUCAGGGCAAAGCUGAUUCCCUACAUCUGUGUUCAAUUAUUGUUCGACACAGAAUAGCAGGGCGGAAAUCUGGCUAUGCUAUUUAGCUGCCUUGGUUGCUGCAAUCAAUGCUGCAGGUGCAUGUAAUAAUAAUAUAUUUCAAUGUAGUUUUGCUGUAUAACUAUCUAUUGCAUUUCUCACUUCUGCGGCUGUAGUAUUUGUUCAAGGCAUCGACUUUUGUUCUUGUAUAAAUACAAAUGAUACAUUUUAGAGCUGACU